GGAGGCGGUCCGGUUGUUUCAGAGUCUCCGAAGCAGGAUUGCUUAGUGUUCAUUAAUACUCAAAAGGACCUGCGAGCGAGAGCGUGCGGUUAACUGUUGUUCUCCACACACGGGAUAGCCGUCUCUUUGCUUGACCGAGGAUCUUUCUCAGGCGUCGACGGCCGUUUGCCCUAUAAUUGAGAGAGAAGAAUGUCCAGCGAGGUCCAGCCGAGGCCGGACGACAGUCCCAACACGAGCGGUGGCAGCUCCGACGCUGAGCAGAGGGAGGUGGUGUCCACGGAGCAGCCUGACGACAGGGAGCGGGAGAGGGAGCGAGAACAGGCUCCUCCGAAAAAGAAAGAGGCCAAAAUCUCCAGCAAGACGGCCGCUAAACUCUCCACCAGUGCCAAGAGGAUCCAGAAGGAGCUAGCUGAGAUAACCCUUGACCCUCCUCCAAACUGCAGCGCCGGCCCAAAAGGAGACAACAUCUAUGAGUGGAGGUCGACCAUCCUGGGCCCUCCGGGGUCUGUGUAUGAGGGAGGGGUCUUCUUCCUCGACAUCGCCUUCACUCCAGACUACCCCUUUAAACCUCCCAAGGUGACGUUCCGCACGCGGAUCUACCACUGCAACAUCAACAGUCAGGGUGUGAUCUGCCUGGACAUCCUGAAGGACAACUGGAGCCCCGCCCUCACCAUCUCCAAGGUGCUGCUGUCGAUCUGCUCCCUCCUCACAGACUGCAACCCUGCGGAUCCUCUGGUGGGGAGCAUUGCCACCCAGUAUCUGACCAACAGAGCAGAGCACGACAGGAUAGCCAAACAGUGGACCAAGCGCUACGCCACAUAGGCUUGCUCUCUCUCCGGCGCUGCCCCUCCCGACACCCGGCCCUCCCCCGGUCAGCCCCGCCCCCACAACGGACUCUCCUUCAUUUCUCGUUGACUUGAAAGCUUUUUUUUUUUCUUUUUAUACAGUAUAUGUAUGCUAAGAGCAGAUCGGGAUUGUACUUUUCCAGUGUGCUGAAUGUUGGCAUGGUCGUCGAAAGCUUUAUUAUUAAUAUUAUUUGUAAUGUUAUUACUGUUCUGCUAUUGAUCUGCAUUACUGACGAGUGCGCCCCCAGAGGGGGGGUGGGGGAGUGGCGCUUCGUACCCAGUGGCUUUUGGGGAUUGUAGUAUAUUUUGUUUCAUCAUCGACUUUGCGGUGGGCGGAAAACACUUGAGACGAAGACCAGGCAGCGAUCGCUGACUUCUUUUUUUUUUUUUUUUUUUUUUUUUACAUGAAGCGGACUCUUUUCUUUUUCUUUUUUUUCCCCACCUUUUCUUUUUUUCACCCCUUGUUCCCCCCUCCCUCCUUCAUGCUGUCUAUGUGGAACACUAUGGUGCUGUCCUGUCGAUCUCGAGGUGUCCCGCACCAGUCCAGUGUGUUAUUGGGCCUGCAGCUCCAUGCAGGCAGCCAAUGGCUGUUUGUUGUUCAAAUGCACAUUGUGAGGGGGAAAAACUCAAUCGAUACUCUGUUAAGUAACUGAGUGAAUAAAUGACGUGUUUGGCUGAA